AUGGCUCUCCGUCUGAUCGCCGACUUCGAUCUCGGAAAGGACGUGCUCCCGUGGCUGCGGGCGCAGCUGGCGGCGUCAGCGGCCGCCGGGGCCGGAGGCGGCGGCCCAGGUGUUUUAGAAAACAAUUAUGAGUGCUUACGUGUACUAAAUGUUGAAAGAAACAGAAAUAUUAUUUAUACCUGUAAGGACGAUAAGGGAAAUGUCUUCUUUGGAUUGUAUGAUUACCAAACCAAACAAAAUGAGCAUCUCUAUACAUUUGAGAAAGAUUUGCAAGUUGUCAGUUGCUCAGUCAACAGGGAGAAAACUUUGCUGGCUACAAGUUUAGUUCAAGCUGCUAAAGAAGGAAAGAGUAAUGAGCUUCAACCAGGAUCAAAGUGCUUAACUCUGUUGGUUGAGAUCCACCCCAUUAACAAUGUGAAGGUUCUAAAAGCAGUGGAUAGCUAUAUUUGGGUACAGUUCCUCUACCCACAUGUUGAAAGUCACCCUCAACCAGAGAAUCAUCUGUUACUGCUUUCAGAAGAGAAAUAUAUUGAACAAUUUCGUAUCCAAGUUGUCCAAGAAGAUGGAAAUCGAGUGGUAAUUAAAAAUUCUGGCCAUCUCCCAAGAGAGAGAGUAGCCGAAGAUUUUGUUUGGGCUCAGUGGGAUAUGUCAGAGCAGAGAUUAUACUAUAUUGAUCUGAAGAAAUCAAGGAGUGUCUUAAAAUGCAUCCAGUUUUAUGCUGAUGAGCACUUUAAGUUAAUGUUUGAAGCACCCUUGGAUAUAUCAUUAAGUGACUCAGGAUUCAAACUUGUCAACUUUGGAUAUAGUGAUCUUCAAGACCAAGAGGAAUUAUCCAAACACCUGACCUUAUGUGUUUUUACCAACCAUACAGGAAGUUUGUGUGUAUGUUACUGCCCGAACUUUGACUCUUGUGAACAAAUCACAUAUUCCGUGUUCUACUUUCAUAAAGGGCACAGCAAGACCUUCACAACUACUCCUGGGAGUGUUGACUCAUGUGUGACAAAGGGCAUUACUUUUCUCAACCUUGACUAUUACGUGGCCGUUUACUUACCUGGUCAUUUCUUUCAUCUCCUUAACAUUCAACAUCCAGACCUGAUCUGCCACAGUCUGUUUCUGACAGAGAACAGUGAAGUGAUUGAUAUGCUACCUCAUAGUCCUUUACAGUCACUGUCAGGGUCUCUGGUCCUGGAUUCGUGUUCUGGAAAGCUCUACAGGGCGCUCCUCAACCAGUCAUAUUUAUUGGAGUUCCUGUGGAACACCCGGCUGGACUGUGAGAGGAUGGCCUUGCUUCACUGUGUGCUCUCAUGUGGCCGAGACCCACGACGACUGGAAGCCAAGAUUAUUCAGUGGAUUUCUGAGAACAUCUCUGCCUGCCAUUCAUUUGACCUCAUUCGGGAAUUUAUAAUUGCUUCUUCAUAUUGGAGCAUUUAUCCAGAGACAAGUAACAUGGAUAAACUUUUGCCAUAUUCCUCACUGCUCACUUGGGAUACAGAAAUUCCUGGAAUAACCCUUGUGACAGAAGAGAUUCCGUUGCCUCUUAUGAAGGUGCAUCGCUUUAAGGGCUACUGGGAAAAACUGAACUCCAACCUGGAAUAUGUUAAGUACUCCAAGCCACACUUAUACUAUAACAACAGCGUGGUCAGGAGAGAGUGGCACAACCUGAUCUCCGAAGAGAAAACAGGAAAAAGAAGGUCUACGGUGUAUGUGAGAAAUAUUCUUGAUAAUGCAAUAAAGGUGAUUUCUAACCUAGAAGCAAAGAAUUUGGAGCCAAGAUUAACACCCCUCUUCCAGGAGGAAGACAACCACCAGCAGCUGCUUAUCGGGCUGAUGGUGUCUGAACUAAGAGACCAUCUUUUGAGACAUCUACAGGGUGUGGAAAAGAAAAAAAUUGAACAGAUGGUUCUGGACUACGUUUCAAAACUGCUGGAUCUCAUUUGCCAAAUACUGGAAGCCAGUUGGAGGAAACAUAAUCUUCAUCCCUGGGCUCUCAACUUCAAUAGACAGGCGAGUGCUGCUGAAUUUGCGGUCUUUCACAUUAUGACCAGGAUUUUGGAAGCUACUAACACUUUGUUUUUACCCCUGCCUCCUGGUUUUCACACUCUGCACAUGAUCCUUGGCGUCCGCUGUCUGCCUUUGCAUAACCUGCUGCAUUACAUUGAUCACGGAGUGUUACUUCUCACAGAAGCAGCUGUCACAAGGCUCAUGAAAGAUCUGGACAAUACAGAGAAAAAUGAAAAACUAAAAUUCAGCAUCAUUAUGCGGCUUCCUCCGCUUACAGGUCAGAAGAUCUGUCGACUUUGGGAUCAUCCUGUUAGUUCUAAUAUUAUUUCCCGGAACCAUGUAAAGCGACUGCUUCAGAACUACAACAAACAGCCCUGGAGUUCUGUAAUGGACAAGUCAUCAUUCAGUGUAGAAUUUCUGCCUCUGAACUACUUCAUUCACAUCCUGACAGACAUCGAGUCUUCCAGUCCAGCUCUAUAUGCUUUUGAAGGACAUGACAAUGUGGACGCAAAAUUUGUAGAGGAAGCAGCUCUGAAACACACCGCAAUGCUUUUAGGAUUAUAA